AUGCAGUCUUCACGGCGCAUCUACUUCAACCCGACCAGUAUCCCUGGCUUAAGGUCGCAGAAACCCGUCCGACGCGAUUUCUACAAUGCUGGGUUCACGCCCAGAACAGGGCUAAGAAAGGAUGCGAAGUUUACAGGAGGGGUCCGAAGGGAGAGUACGGAUACUGGAGAGGAUCAAACAGGGCAUAUCGCCGCUGGAUCUAAUGAAGGCAUCCUGUUCUUCGAUAACAUUUUCCCUUUGAAGCUGAACUGGGCCCUGCGAUUGCCAUGGAAGUCCGAACAAAGUCUCCCCGAGCUCCUGACUCGCUUUAACACUUCCAGCCUCGGAACUUUCGAACCAGUGGCUCUCGUCAAACGAGCUAUUCCAAGCUCGGUCCCCAUGAAAGUUACAGAGAUCCUCCCACGACUUAAAGAUGGCGGUGCAUUUGUCAAAUUCUCGUAUCCGGAUGGGAUCACUGCAAAAGAGGUUGAAGGCCUCGUUCGGCAAUAUCUAAGAGAGAAGCCUGUAAAACCGUGGUUCAAUCCUUUCAGACGAAUCCGUGCAAACCUGGUAGUGGGGAAGCCGUGGUUGGAGGAUCUAUACCGCUUCCCGAGCUCUAGAAUGAAGGUGGAAUUCGUACCCACGAGUCCUGGGGGAGAGGCGGCCGAGUUGUCGCAAGAGACACUGUACAGUCUGUUCCGAAAAUACGGAAAGCUGGCGGAGAUAAGUCCUCAACCAUCGGAUUCCAAGAUCCUCCCAAAAUACGCAUAUUUAGACUUUGCAAGGUUGAGACAUGCUAUCAUGGCUAGGAAUUGUAUGCAUGGGCUGAAGGUAUUGGAGACUGAAGGAGGUGGUGCAGCUGGUACGCAGCUCCGUCUCUCUUUUGAGCAGAGGAGGAAAGCCCACUGGAUCUGGGAUUGGCUCAUGAGCCAUCCCAGGAUCGUUAUCCCAGCUUUUGCUGCGCUUGUUGCCACGAUCACUGUCGCGAUCUUCGAUCCUAUUCGGACGUUCUUUAUCAAGGCACACAUCGAGCAUUCUUUCGAUUUAAAGGAUAGCAGGGUAUACCAGUGGUUCAAGAGUCAGGCGACGGAUAUCUUCACUUUCCGCAGCCACAGAGCUGAAGAAGCUAGUCUUGAUGUUCUUUGGGGAGACAGGAAACAGAUCAUCGAUCAAUUGCAGACUUGGCUCAUGGAGACAGCAGAUACGUUCAUCGUUGUGCAAGGACCAAGAGGCUCGGGUAAGAAGGAGCUGAUCUUAGACCAAGCUUUGAAAGGUCGGAAGAACACCGUCCUGAUCGACUGCAAGCCCAUUCAAGAAGCUCGAGGCGACAGUGCAACGAUCUCUGCUGCCGCAGCUUCAGUGGGUUACCGACCCGUCUUCUCCUGGAUGAACAGUCUCAGCAGUCUGGUCGACCUUGCCGCUCAGGGCACUAUAGGUGUCAAGUCUGGAUUUAGUGAGACUCUAGACGCCCAACUAAGCAAAAUUUGGCAGAAUACAGCAAUUGCUCUGAAGCAGGUAGCUCUCCAGAAUCGACACAAGGACGACAAGGACGCUACUUUGGCGGACGACGACUGGCUCGAAGCACAUCCUGAAUGCAGACCGGUCGUUGUAAUCGACAACUUUCUGCACAAGAACGAGGAGAGUAGUGUGGUGUACGACAAGAUCUCGGAAUGGGCUGCGGGUCUUACAACUGCCAACAUUGCACACGUCAUCUUCCUCACCAACGAUAUCUCCUACUCGAAAUCGCUCAGCAAAGCUCUACCGGACAGAGUUUUUCGCCAGCUUGCUUUAGGCGAUAUCACACCUGAAGUUGCUAAGCGAUUUGUGAUCACCCAUCUGGACUCGGACCAGAAUGACCCAUCCGGUACUUCUGUAAAGCUGACUCCACGUCAACGCUAUCACGACCUUGAUGAGCUAGAUGGGGCUAUCGCAGCAGUCGGCGGCAGACUCACCGAUCUGGAGUUCCUUGCUCGAAGGCUCAAAACCGGGCAAACACCAAAACGUGCCAUCGCCGAAAUGAUCGAGCAAAGCGCUUCCGAGAUCAUGAAGAUGUACCUCCUGACCGUCGACAAGGCUGAGCGAAAGUGGUCCCCAGAACAAGCCUGGUACCUCAUUAAAAGCCUCGCCGAAAACGACAGCCUGCGCUACAACGAAGUUCUGCUCAGUAACACAUUCACUUCCUCCUUGAAUGCAUUUGCCUCAAAUGGAGAGAGCGUCCUCGAAGCCCUCUCCGCCGCGGAACUAAUUACCAUCAAAUCCUACAAAGGGCGCCCGCAGACCGUGAAAGCUGGAAAGCCCAUCUACGAAGCAGCCUUCAAGAUCUUGGCCGAAGACAGAGUGCUGAAAAGCCGCCUCGACCUCGCGAUUCUCACCGAGCUGACGAAGAUCGAGACGAAAAGCCUGGACAAGUACGAGACUGAGCUGGCUCUGAUUGGCACGCUGCCGAAGCAGCCGCGCGAGGUGGGACCAAGGGUGCAGUAUCUGUUAGGGAAGCUGGCGGCUAGUCAGGUGAAGAUUGAGGCGUGGGAGAAGGAGAUGGCGGGAUUGAAGAAGGUGCUCAUGGAUGAGUAUUAA